GGUAUUCCCCGUGCCCCACCCUCCACCGCCUCCGACCCACUCAAACCAGACUUCUUUAACCACUCAACCCCCUCCGCUGCCGUCGGCCGGGUUCUGGGUCGGCCGAUGGAGUACGUCCGGUCCACUUACAUCUUCGGAUGGGAAAUAGGUCGGGGCCAAUUCACAGUUACCUACUUAGUAACCCACCGGGAGACUAAAGAGCAGUUCGCUUGCAAGUUAAUCUCAUUGAGGAAGCUGAUCAAUCGAGACGACAUUAAAGACGUCAGCCGCGAGGUCCAAAUUAUGCAUCACCUGACGGGUCACUAUAACAUAGUCGAGCUGAAGGGUGCGUACGAGGAUCGACAUUCAUUCAAUUUGGUGAUGGAGCUUUGCGCCGGUGGGGAGCUCUUCGAUCGGAUCAUCGCCAAGGGACAUUACUCCGAGAGGGCGGCGGCUGGGCUUUGCCUGCAGAUCGUCACGGUGGUGCACAAUUGCCAUUCUAUGGGGGUAAUGCAUAGGGAUUUGAAGCAGGAUAAUUUCCUCUUCUUGAGUACAGCUGAGGAAUCGCCUCUCAAGGCUAUUGACUUCGGGCUCUCUGUGUUUUUCAGGGCAGGAGAUGUGUUCAAGGGCCUUGUUGGAAGUGCAUAUUAUGUAGCUCCUGAAGUUCUGCGAAGAAGCUAUGGUCCCGAGGCUGAUAUAUGGAGUGAUGGUGUUAUCUUGUACAUCUGCUCAGUGGAGUUCCACCAUUCUAGGGAGGUCUGUAGCUUUGACCAUUUUGUUUGA